AUGUCGUUGCAGUUAUUUAGUUUCGGACACCCCUGCGAGCACCAGCUGCGCCGGACGUGCAUCGGCGGCUCCAGCUGCCCCCUCAACGGCUACCCCGACAACUGGUGCUGCAGCUUCAUCAAGGGCAAGAUCAACUUUAAGCGGGACAAGCCGUGCGAGGGGCCACGCUGUCGCUGGGGCUUCACGCACCCCUCACAGUCGCAGUUCGACGCGGUCACGCACGUGCUCAACGAGAGCCGCCCCAUCGCCGCCAAGCUCGACGACGCGGACGACAAGGAGCAGCUCAGCUUCAACAUAGAAAACUCCCACCUCGUAGACACGGUGCAGUGCGCCCUGCAUAUGAUGCGGCACCCGCCGAUUAGCCGCGCCACGCGCGUGGGGCAGCUGCUGGCGUACGCGGCGCUGCGGGCGGCGGACCCAAAGGUCUUCAUGCAGCUGCUCAAGACCCUGAAGAAGCCGGUGGACGGCUACCUGCUGGGCGCCUACGACUAUCUCACGAGUGGCAAGCUGCCCGCGCCCGCGCCCGCCGCCGCCGCCGCCGCCGCCGCCGCCGCCGCCACCACCACCAAUGCGCAGGGGAAAGCCGCAGGCAAGAAGGGCCAUAGUGAGAAGAAGGAGGACGCCUCUGAAGAGUUGCGGAACGACAUGGUAGACCUCAUGAACGCCGCGCUCAGCUCCGGUGGCCAGCUUGUCAACCGCGAGGACCAGCACACCCUGCAGGCGGUAUUCAUCCAGGCCCUCCGCAGCUACCCCAAGAGCAACAAGAAGCGGCAGGAGAUGUUAGAGUUGGCCGUCGCGAAGUUUGGCAGCCGGCCGGCGGCGAAGAGCGCCCCAUCCACCACGACUGCCGCGGGCCAGACAGCCGCCGCAGCCAAUGCCCAGAAUGCCGCCACCGCCACCGCGGCCGCGGCGAAUACUCCCAGACACGCUGGCGUGGCGGGCACGACGGCGGCAGCCGGUGCCGCGGCGUCUGGGAAGGCCGGGGCAGGAACAAGCCCCAACGCGGCUGCGACUGCGACUGCGGCGGCGGCGGCGGGUGGCGGUGGCAGUAGCAGCAGCGCCGCGGUGGCCGGCGGCGGAGGAGCUCCGUCGAAGGUGGCGGCGGCGCUGGAGGAGGAGGGCGCCGCCCUCGCCGGCGCCAACCCCGGCGCAAGUAGCAGCAACAGCGCGGCCUCCACGCGACGCCCGCAGGCGGUUGGCGGCGCCUCCCCGCCGACGACGGUAGGGGGCGCGCGCAGCAAAGACGCCAGCGGUGCCUCCCCCGCGCGGCGGCCGCCGGCGACGACGCAGGAGCCCCCCCCACAGCGACAGAUGCCCGCGCUGCCGCCGCUGCCGCCGCCGCAGCCGGUUGUGGGCAUCAGCCGGGUGGCGCAGCAGGCGCAGCAGCCGCCCCCCCGCCACUACGAGCCGAUCCGCACAGACCUGCCGCUCCCGAACGUCGCCCUCUGCGGCGGCCUCUUUGGGCUCACGCCGCAGUCCGCCGCCUGGGCGCUGCUCGGCGCCGCCUCCUGCUUCACGCCCGCCGCUGCCGCCGCCGCCUCCUGCGGCUCCCCCUGCGCAGAGGCUGUAGCGGAGGUGGACGAGAAGCUGCUGCGCUUCGUGGCUGCCUCGGCGCCGGCGCACAACUUCUUCAGCGGCCUCGACGGGCUGCCGGCGGAGAAGCCGGGGAUGAAGGCGAUCUACGACGACUGA